AAAUGGAAACUAUGAGUCCCACCCACAUUCGUUAAAUACGGUCCAGACCUCGCCUGGCUAGAUCCUCGUCCUCCAGGAAGAAACAGAAAAUCACCGCACAAUGAGCUACCCUGGAUACCCCCCUCAGGCUGGUGGAUACCCUCCUCAAGCAGGCGGCUACCCUCCCCAGGCAGGCGGAUACCCUCCCCAGGCAGGCGGAUACCCUCCCCAGGCAGGAGGAUACCCACCUCAGGCAGGCGGAUACCCACCUCAGGCGGGUGGAUACCCACCUCAGGCAGGCGGAUACCCACCGCAGGCAGGCGGAUACCCACCUCAGGCAGGCGGAUACCCUCCCCAAGCAGGAGGCUUCCCGCAGCAGCCGAGUGGCUUCCCUCCACAGGCUGGCGGAUAUCCAUCGCAAGCAGGAGGCUACCCACAGGGACCACCACAAGGCAGCUGGGGUGGUGGCCCUACUGGUGGUUAUCCCUCCAUUGGUCUUGACAGCUUAUCCAACCCCGGAUACAAUGCUGGCAUGGACAAUCACAACUCAUCCAUGUACACCCAAGCCCCUGGGGUGUACCCAUCUCUCCCUCAGUCUGGUGGGUAUGGUGCCCCCUUACCUAACCAGUCAUAUGGCAUGUACCCACAGCCAGGAGGGACCAUGCCUCAACACCAAGGCCCAGCGAUGGGCUACCCCGGUCAGCCAGGACAGCCUAUGCAAGGGUACCCCCGUGCCCCAUCACCUAACCCUUCCAUGCCCGGUUAUGGAGGAGCUCCUGCACCUAUGCCAGGGUACCCAUCACCAAAUCAAGCCUAUGGAGGAGCAGGCAUGCCAAUAGCUCCAGCUGUCAAAAAAGGAUUCAGGGGAACAAUCAAGGACUUUCCUGGAGCUGACCAGCUUAAGGAUGUGGAGGUCCUGAGAAAGGCCAUGAAGGGCUUUGGAACUGAUGAGCAAGCCAUUAUCGAGUUACUGGGGAGUCGCUCCAUCAAGCAGCGUGUCCCUUUGCUGCGGGCCUACAAAACUUCCUAUGGAAAGGAUCUGAUUAAGGACCUGCAUUCGGAACUGUCUGGAGAUUUCAGGAAGCUGGUCAUGGCUAUGUUGAAGAGCCCAGCCGAGCUUGAUGCCUACGAGCUACACAGUGCCAUCAAGGGAGCUGGAACCGAUGAAGCCUGCCUGAUUGAGGUUCUGUCUUCUCGCUCCAACACUGAAAUCAAGGAGAUAAACCGCAUUUACAAACAAGAAUACAAGAAGACACUGGAGGAUGCCAUCACCGGGGAUACUUCAGGCCACUUCCGCAGGCUCCUGGUUUCUCUCGCCCAGGGUAACCGUGACGAACGUCCCAAUGUUGACAUCUCUGUCGCCAAACAAGAUGCUCAGGCCCUGUAUGCUGCUGGAGAGAGCAAGAUGGGAACAGAUGAGUCCAAAUUCAAUGCUAUUUUGUGCGCCAGGAGCAAACCACAUCUCAGAACAGUGUUUCUGGAGUACCAGCAGAUGUGUGGAAGAGAUAUCGAGAAGAGCAUUGACAGGGAGAUGUCUGGAGACCUCGAGAGUGGCAUGGUGGCAGUGGUGAAGUGCAUUAAGAACACAUCUUGCUACUUUGCUGAGAGGCUCUACAAGGCCAUGAAGGGCGCUGGGACCAAAGACACAACCCUGAUCCGGAUCAUGGUGACUCGUUCUGAGGUUGACAUGCUGGACAUCCGCCAGGCGUAUGUUAAAAACUACGGCAAAUCGCUGUACACACACAUCUCUGGAGACACAUCAGGAGACUACAAGAAACUCCUACUGAAGCUGUGUGGGGGCAGUGACUGAACUGGAAACUAUUGCUUCUCCAGUUUUCAAUUAAAUAUCAGUUUUAUAUCUCAUCUAUGCGCACUAUACACAGACUGCAAACUUGCAUGCCAAGCCUCUCAAUGCAUUGUUGACCUUGCUACAAGAACCUCAUAUAUUGCUUCGUCCAAUUGUUUUCUAUAUACAGUAUGCAAAAAAAUGUUUUCUAUAUUUUUUCAUUUGUGGUAACUUAGAUUUUUACGAGUUAAAUAUUCAUGGCCAUACAAUUGAUUUGUCAGCGAUGACGUAUGCAUUAUUAAAAGAUAUAUAUUUAUAACAUUUUAUGACUUAUGUGCCAAGUUUACAGAUAUGUAGUGAUAUCUGGAAUGUUUAUCAGCUUUUUUUACCAUGUUCAGCAAAGCUGAAUAAAGUAUGAAUAAGAAUACAUAGAAGCUCAGCACCAAAGGAAAGGUUUGCAACUGUAUUGUCUCUUCUAUAUUUGUCUUCAAUUUAUAUCUUUUUGUUAAUCAUAGUGUUAGGGGACUUUUAUUUUUCUUUUGUGUCGUGUAUGUGCCAUUGUAUACGCAAUCAUAGCAUCACAUUUUAUAUAUUGUUGGGGUCUCAAACAAUAAACUUUAAAGACACAAA